AUGGGAGCUGCUGGCAUCCCCGCAGGGCAGAGCGGGCUGGGGAAGUCAACCAUGGUGAACACCCUCUUCAAGUCCAAGGUGAGCCGCAAAGCCUCGCAGCCCAGCCAGGAGGAGCGCAUACCCAAGACGGUGCAGCUGCAGUCCAUCACCCAUGUCAUCGAGGAGAAGGGUGUGAAGAUGAAGCUGACAGUGACAGACACACCAGGGUUCGGGGACCAGAUCAACAAUGAGAACUGCUGGGACCCCAUCAUCAAAUAUAUCAACGAGCAGUACGAGAAGUACCUACGCGAGGAGAUCCUCAUCACCCGCAAGAGGAAGAUCCCAGACACCCGGGUCCAUGGAUGUGUCUACUUUGUCCCCCCCACUGGCCACUGGCUGCGUCCACUGGACCUGGAGUUCAUGCGGCGGCUCAGUAAGAUUGUCAACGUGGUGCCGGUGAUCGCCAAAGCCGACACACUCACCCUGGAGGAACGGGCAGAGUUCAAGCGACGCAUCCAGGAGGACCUGAAGACCCAUGCCAUCAGCGUAUACCCGCAGGAGGACUUUGACCAGGACCCAGAUGACAGGGUGCUGAACGACAGGAUUCGGGAGAAGAUCCCCUUUGCUGUGGUGGGGGCGGACCAGGAGCACCAGGUGAAUGGCAAGCGGGUGCUGGGCCGCAAGACCAAGUGGGGCAUCAUUGAAGUGGAGAAUCCGGCGCACUGCGAGUUCCCCCUCCUGCGGGACCUGCUGAUCCGGUCCCACCUGCAGGACCUGAAGGACAUCACCCACAACGUCCAUUAUGAGAGCUACCGCGUGCGGCGGCUGAACGAGAGCAAUGGACCAGCGCUGAGCCCCCUCAACGGGCUGCCCGGCAAGGGCGAGGGUGGCAGUGACCUCUGAGCUGCUGUGUCCCCCCAGAGCUGCCGCUGGACCCCCGUGGCAGCGCCCGUGCCCUGCCCACACCAGUGGCUGUGCCUGGACCCUGCCUGGGGUGAGGAGCCCACACCAGUUUGGGGCGAGGAGCCCCCCAUGAGUGCCAGGCUGCCCUGGCUUGGGUCCCCUGGUCCCUCGUCCCCAAGCUCCGCUAUGGACACAGACCCCCUGGACCCUGUGUGACAUUAAAGGUCAACCUGGAGCCUUCAGCCUUCGCCAUCAUCCUCAUCCUGCUGGACUCCCACCUUCUGAUGUGCCACCACCCUCCAGUGCUGCUCCGGCUGCUGGGGCCAUGGGGCAAGAUCCCCACCACGGUGCUGCUGGGGUCCCCAGUGCCAGCACUGGCCGUGCACCCCGGGGAAGUGCUGGGGUGUUGGUGGUGCCAUGGAUGGCCGGGGCGGGCAGGGUGUGGGUCUCCUCCCCAUGGUCACCCCACCCGCCCUGCCCAGUGACGGCAGCUGGCACAGCCGGACUUUGAGCCGCUUAUCGGGUGGCGGAGGGGUGUGGAGGUGCCGCCUGCAAGGAUGCGUGGGGGCUACACAUGGCCACUCCCCACUGUGGCACACACACCCCCCCCCCG